AUGGACACGGCAGUCGGCGAACUAACGGAAUUGCUGCGGCAGGGCUUGAUAAGUCAGGUGACUUAUGCGGAAGGUUUGCGCGCGCUGAGAGCGAGGCCAGUAGCCGCCCCAAAAAGGGAGGAACAUGUCCCUGCCCCGCCAGAGCGUCCCAUCCAAGCGUCGGAGGCAGACGUCUCGAAAUAUAUACGCACACCAUUCGCUGUCGGUAACUACCUGAGAGGCUGGGUGAUAGAAGUAGGCGAUAAAGGUGGGAUUGAUCCCUCGCAAUUCAUGAGGGCUGUUAAGGGGGCCACAAAAAGGAAGAUAAGCGAGGAGAUUCUGGACCUCAAUGGCGUCAAGUUUCAGUUGGCUGCCAAUGUUAGAAUGCUGAAAGAGAGGAAUAAUGGAGAGGAUAUUGAGGCCACUCCCACCUUCUAUUCGGACCAACAGUCUGCCUUGAGGGCGACAGAUAUAGAUGAGGGGUUGGAUAAGGCUCAAGAGAAGAUUAGUAGGGGGAUUGAGAACUUCAUGAGGGAUGGCUCGGGGUGGGGAGUGGACAGGGUGAUCAAGUUCUAUCUCAACAUCGCUAGGUAUCAGCCGCUCCGUUGGGGCUCUUACAUCGAUUUACCCGUGCAUGUAAAGAGGAAAAAGGCAGUUGUUAAUGUGAAGAAUAAAGACGACCACUGCUUGCGGUGGGCCCUGUUGUCGGCUAAGUACCCGGCAGCCGAUCAUUCCGAUCGCAUUUCGCGCUACCUGCCGUUUCGGGAUACCCUGGAUUUCCGAGGGGUAGAUUCCCCGACACCUCUCAGUCAGGUUGGGACGGUUGAGGCCAAAAACGACUUGGCAAUCAAUGUAUUUGGCUACGAUAAUGGUGUCUAUCCUCUUCGUGUCAGUGAGGCACCUGCCUACCUGCAAAGAACCAACCUCCUUCUCGUAGAAAAGGGAGAGAGGCAGCAUUACACCUGGAUCAAAGACUUGGAUAGACUACUUCACGAUCAGAGUAAACAUAAGGAGCGUAAGCAUUUCUGUGAGAGAUGUCUUCACUGUUUCACAAGGAGUGACCUAUUGGAGGGGCAUAAGCCAGACUGUAAAGGAAUAGAUGGGAGACCGAUGAGGACCAGGAUGCCCGCGGAGGACCAGAAGAUGUUGAGAUUCGUAAACCACCACAAGCAACUAAAGGCACCAUACAUCAUCUAUGCCGACUUUGAGGCUCUCACGACAAAGAUAGAAGGAGCUGAGUUUGAUCCAGCCAAGAGUAACACACAGAAGACUCAGCACCACGAGACAUGCGGCUUCGGCUACGUUGUCGUUAGGUGCGAUGGCCACACCGAGGCCCCCGUUGUUUACCGUGGUCUAGACGCCGCAAAGAGGUUCCUGGAAUGCCUUGGUGAGGAGGAGGCCAGGAUAAAAGUUGCCCUUUCGCGACCUGCACCCAUGGAGAUGGCCACCGAUGACGUCACAUCACACCAGGCUGCCCAGGACUGUCACGUGUGCGGGAAACUCCUAGACGGGGACAGUGUGAGAGACCACUGCCAUAUCACGGGUAAGUACCGGGGUGCCGCGCACAAUGCCUGCAACCUGAAACUAAGAUUGAGCGCGAAAAAGACGCAUAUUCCUGUUGUCUUUCACAAUCUCCGAGGGUAUGACUCCCACCUCAUCAUGCAGGCCAUCAGUCAGGACGAGGGGCAGGUGGCCUGUAUUCCGAACAACAUGGAGAAGUACAUUUCCUUCAGCCUGCGGAGCCUUAGAUUCAUUGACUCUGCCCAGUUCUUGUUGGCCUCUCUUGACAGGUUGGUCAGUGCAUGCCCGAGAGAAGCCUUCGUGAUCACCAGGACCUUCCAACCUAACAACACCGAUCUACUGAUGAGGAAAGGCAUCUACCCCUACGAGUACAUGAGUUCCUGGGACAAGUUUCAAGAGGCUGAGCUGCCACCAAUUGAGGCCUUCUUCAGGUCUGAGAGGGGGCGUCUCAAUGGUCAGCAAGAGGUAUGCCAGGGCCAACAAUCCGUGGAAGGUUAUGAUCCUGGGAAGCCAAAGUCCCACCUUAUGUACCUGGAUGCGAACAAUCUGUACGGCUGGGGGAUGUCUCAGCCAUUAGCCACCGGAGGUUUCGAAUGGGUCGAUCCCAUCCUGGAAGAGGAGAUCAUCAACCACCCGAAUGAUGCGGAAAAAGGCUACAUCCUGGAGGUUGACCUGGAAUAUCCAGAGGAGCUGCACGAUUCCCACAGUGCGUACCCUCUUGCUCCAGAGCGACUGAGGGUGAAAGACGAGUGGUUGUCCGAGUACCAGAAUGACCUGCUGAAAGAGAUUGGGGGGUCUCUAGAAACAGAGAAGCUGGUGCCCAAUCUGCGGGACAAGCAACGGUACGUGGUGCACUACAGGAAUCUGAAGCUGUACUUGGGCCUUGGAAUGCGACUGAAAAAGAUACACAGGGCACUCCGAUUCGAUCAGAGGGCCUGGAUGGAACCGUAUAUCAUGCUCAACACCGACCUCAGAAGGAGGGCCACAAAUGACUUCGACAAAGACCUGUACAAGCUGAUGAACAACAGCGUGUUUGGUAAGACCAUGGAAAACGUGAGAAAGAGGGUUGAUGUUAAGCUGGUGAGAGCGUCAGAGGAGGACAAGUUGAGACGUUUGAUAGCAAAGCCGAACUAUGCCAGGUCGAAGAUAUUCGAUGACAACCUCGCCGCUCUUCACAUGCACGAGACAAAUCUCUAUCUGAACAGGCCAAUUUACGUGGGGAUGUUCAUCCUGGACCUGAGCAAGCUUCUGAUGUACGACUUUUACUACAAUCAGAUCAAGGUGAAAUACGGAAGCGGAGCCAACCUCCUGUACACAGACACGGACAGUCUACUGAUGCAGAUUGAAACCGAGGACAUCUAUGCGGACAUGGCAGGGGAAUCUGAUCUGUACGACACCUGUGAUUAUCCGCCAGAGAAUCCCUUGUACAGCACAAAAAACAAGAAGGUCAUUGGAAAGACGAAGGACGAGUGUGCGGGAGUGCCAGUGGCUGAAUUUGUGGGGCUGAGGCCAAAGAUGUACUCCAUCCGCAGGGCAGAUGCCAAGGAAAUCAGGAAAGCCAAGGGGGUGAAAAAGAAUGUGGUGAAACAGGAGAUACGUCACGAGCAGUACAAGGAGUGUCUGUUCGAAAAGAAGGUGUUCCAUCACGGCAUGAAUGCCCUCAGAAGCGAGGGACAUCACAUCUAUGGAUUGCGCAUCAAUAAGGUCAGUCUAAGUCCAAUGGACACAAAGCGGUGGAUUGCCGAGGAUGGCAUUCACACCCUUGCGUACGGCCACAAGGAUGCGAUACCUGCGGGGUCAGAUGAGAUGGAUGCUUACAUCGACGAGCUCCUGGCUGGGAUGUCAGACCCCAGGGUCAUGGACGAGUACGUGGAGCAGCUCCUCGCCGAGUUGUAG